AAGUCAACCUUCUGGAAUUCUCCAUCUCCGGUCAGGCUGGUGUAUAUAAAGGGCUACAUGGGCAAAAUCUGGGACUAAGAUUUUAAUGAACAUUUACCUUUAACCAAAGCGUGAAUAACAAUAAUCCAAGGACGAUGGCUGCUAUACUAAAGUUAACAUUUGUUGCCCUGCUGGUGCUGAUGGCCACUCUACCACAACACUCAGAUGCCAAUGUCAUUGGAAGCUGUUGGGACACAUGGAGCCGUUGUUCUCAGUGGAGUAAUUUCUUUACAGGCAAGGCCUGGCUCAACUGCAACGACAAGUGUAAGUCUUUGGGGAAGAGGGGUGGCACCUGCGUCUUAACGCCUUCAACGUGCCCCAUCGCCAGACAGGCGUACCAGUGUCGCUGCAACUAGGGAAAACAAAAGGAUACGAGUCAUUCGUCUUGAGACAAAGGGAUGCAACUUGUUCUUACCAAUUUCUGUCUGAGCGUUUGGCUUUAGCAUUUGUAGCUACUAUUGUAUCAAUCAUAAACUUUGACUAGUGUAAUUGUUUUUAUAUAUAUAUAUAUA